CAGGACUGGGCCGACUCCAGCUCGGAUUCCCUGAUUGAGGCUUCCGGACCUGGCCAGUCCUGACACGACCACAUGGCAACAGAUUGUUCUGGUCGGUCCUCUGACACCCUCCAUGCUCCUGAUGGUCCGCUCGGCAGGGAACAGAGACGCUAAGUGAAGCCCUCAAGGUCACCAGGAGGUCCCUGAAUUCUAAACCCAGUCUCCUCAGUCAGACACAAUCCUGCCUCCAGUCACCACCACCUCUAGCCUUCAUUUCUCCCAGGUGGGGACUUGCGGCCCAAAAACUGCCCUCUGCCUCGUGCGUUUGUGGUACAGACGGACACAGAGCUGGCGUGCACCGGGUGCCCAGUGAGUGCAAUUGUCUCCCUCAGAUCCAUGUGGGAGAAGGGCCAGGACUUGACAUGGGGUGUCCCAGGGAGCCCCACUCCCCUCUCACAGGAUCUUCCUGGCCAGCAUCCAACCCAGAAAGCCCAAGGCCAGAAUUUGCCAAAAGCAACUCACCGUUUUUUCCCAGAAAAAGGAAACGGAAACCUAAACCGAAAGCCUGACUGCCCUCUGCCUGCAUGGGCUCCAUUCAAGUGUCUCCAAGUCAGAGGAAACUCCUGGAGCUUCUCAUUGGUCGGCACCGCUCUUAUGCUAAUCAGGGGGCGGGCCUCGCCUAUAAAGGUCCCAGCGGUGCAGGAUGGCACUACUUCUGUUCCCUGCAGACCAGUGCCCACCGACACCGGGGAGGACAUGAGCGAGUCCUUGAUGCCCAACAAGGAAAAGGACAUGAGCGAGUCCGUGAUGGCCACAGACAAGGGAAAGGACGCGAGUGAGUCAGCACCGUGUGGCCGCAAGCUGUGGCUGGGGCUCCCGCUGCUCCUGGUGGCGGCGGGGCUGCUUGCGCCCCUGAUCUACUUCGCUGUCAGGGCCAACAGCGAGGCCUGCCUGGAUGGCCUCCGAGCACAGACGGAGUGUCAGGGGCUCAACCAACACCUGCAGCGCCAGCUACACCAGGCCCAGGAAGUCUUACACCAGAAGGAAGCCGAAGCUGCCACCUGCAACCAGACUGUGGUGACCCUGAGGGGCUCUCUGAAGAAGGAGCAGGCACGAGUGGAGGAGCUUCAGGGAGAGUUGGCGACUUUGAACCAACAGCUGCAGGACGCCUGGGAGAGACUAAGGUGCGAGACCACGCCCCGGCCACGCCCCUUUCACUCCACCCCCAGACUCCCGAGUCCCUUCUGCUCAGAAAAACUCCCGAUGCUCAGGGGACUAAGUUUAAGUCCAGCCUCGUCCCAUCUGUCACACAUCCCUGGGGUGGCCGCUGCUCACUCUCCUGCCCAGAGACUUGGUGGGAGAGGAGUGCAGAUUCUUAAGGGCAAAGCGCAGAUCCCCUGGAGCCCAGGGGCCGCAGCCGGAGUUCCCCAUCUCUAUUCCAGAAGACAGAGUGAGUCCUCAGCAGAGGAAAACGGAUCCAGCUCCUACUUCCUGUUGUUCCUCCUGUUGCCUGUGGCUCUGUUCAGGAUCUGCAAGUGUCUGAAGAAAUGAGAUGCCAGAAAGCCGGGCCACAAGCAGGACUGGCUGCCUCUGACUCCCUAUUCUGCUCUCCUUAGGCCACAAGCAGGACUGGGCUGACUCCAGCUCGGAUUCCCGGGUUGAGGCUUCCGGACCUGGCCAGUCCUGACACGACCACAUGGCAACAGAUUGUAAGGACAAUGGAGUAGCCUAAGGGGCCCAAGCCAGGGCAGUCCUGAAAGGAUGCAUUGAGUGGGAGAGGAGCAGAGCUGGCCCAAGGCUGCCCACAGCUAGGGAUGGCACGCGAGUUGGGCUGCAGCACCUCCAUCUUGCUGACAUUGCUCUUAGGAAGUCACUUUCCUCUUGGGUCUUUGGACUUGAAAUGUAAACCUCCGUUUUGGGGGAAAACUGGACUCUCAAGUGUUGGAGCGUUACUGUGUGACCUCCCAAAGCAUCUGAGGCCUGCCCUGCAGACAAAGGUGGACAUCUAUUGACAUCCACAGCCAGCCUUUCCUGCUCUAGAAUGUUCCUCAAGAUCUCUGGGGUUCCAGCAGUCACCACCCACUGCAUCCCCAGCCCUCUUCUCUGCGGACAGCAUCUGAAGGACCCUCGUCAGUGCUUCCUACCUGCAGUUUUCUUCCCUCAUCUCCUGGCUUCUCUCAUCUCAUUCCCGUUUCAUCUUCUGAUGACAGUGGUUCCAUGAGGAAACCGAGGCUGUGACAAGGGCCACUUGGUCCUGGCUCCCAACCCCUCCGGCAGGAAGGGCAGGGCUGGGCCUCAAAUGUGGGUGUGCAGACUCGGGACAGAUCUGUGUCUCCUUGUCCUGCCACCUCCGUCCCCCAAGCUCCUAUUCAUCCAGCAGUACCCAGCUCUGGGAGCCCCUCGCCCAAGGGUUUCUCUGCUUCUCAAAAUGAAAUCCUCCAGGAGUUCUCAGAUAACUUAGUGGUUCGGAUUCCAGGCUCCCGUGGCCUGGGUUCAAUCCCUGGUCUAGGAACUAGUAUCCCAUAAGCUGGGGGACAUGACCAAUAAAAAGGAAAGAAAGCUCUCCCUGAGUGUACCCCCUGCUCCUAAAAUAGUGGAUGAUGGUGGCCUUCGUUAACAGAGCCCCUUAUAAGCAUAUGUUCUCUACUUGACUGCACAGAAUGUCCCAGAAUGCUUUAGUGGAAAGAAGCUUGUCAAAAAUGACAAAAAGCCAAAGUUGGAACAGUUUGAGUGACAAAAUUAAUAUCAUCACAUGUAAAAUAAAUAUCCAUGAGUUCACAGGAAUAUAAAUACAUGACUGGUUAAAGCAAUAAAUGAAAGAGAGGAGAAAAAUCUCCCAGGCGAAAGAAUAUCAAAUAACAUACACAAAUAUCUCGCCCUCAAGAAGAUGACAUGUGGCUUCCCAUGGCAUUGGUGGGCUAUAAAUCGUCACCUCUUUGCAGAAGGCACAGGUGGAAGGGAGGAAGGAGGUCGCUUUAUGGUGGAGACACCCAACGGACACCACCUCAGCCAGGGGGCCAUGAUCAACAUCACAGGCUAAGGCCGGGGAUAGUACGUGCCAUGGACACACGUGUGUGAUGAGAAAGGCAAUUUCCCUCUCCGGUCCUUCUCACCAAAGCCCAGUCCAACCAUGAGAAAAACACCAGACAAAUCCCAACCGAGGACCACCCUACAGAACACCUGACUCUAAACUCUCAAGGUCGUCAAGACCAAGGAACCCCGAGAAUCUGCCUGACCAAAGGGAGCCUAAAGGCAUCAGGACUAAGGGUCCCGUGAGGAUCCGGGGGCAGAGAGGGGACAUUAGGGGAAAACUGAGGAGAUCGGAAUAAUGCAUGGACUUCAGUUAAUACUGUUAUCAAUCAGUAUUGGUUCAUACAUUGCAACACAGGUACCUUAGAGAUGAAUGACCAAAGUAGGGGAAAUGGGGUGUGGGGUUGAUGGAAAGUUUCUGGACUAUUUUUGCUGAAUUGGUGCAAACCAAAUAAAAUGAGUCUUUAAAAAAUAACAAA